AUGCCCGAGCGACUGCACCCACGAGGGUGGAAUAAGUGGCGCCAACAGUGGUUCUGGCGAGACAGCAAGGAGCGGCUCAGAGCCGAAUAUGAUGGAGACUUCAAGGCAUACAUGGCCGCCUUCCAGCCAGAAAUACAGCCCGCGUGUCCUCUGCGAGAUGGGAUGAAGCUGUUCCAGAAACUGGAGAAGUCAGGCCAGCAUGCUACUGUCGCAACUAACUUUGCUUCCGCAUCGACCCUCGUGAGUAGACUGAUUGAAUGCCUCUCAAGCGGCAUGACCACAAAUACUUCAGAAGCCGACUUCAUCUUCGUGUGCGUCGAUUUCGAAGGCGAUACAAAGCAGGGCGUCAACGAGUGCGGCAUCUCGACUCUUGAUACAAGGGAUCUGCUCAACCCUACAGACUCAGUGCCACAGAAUGCACUCAAGACAGUGAAAUACAGACUUGUUAAGCAAAACGACAGGAAAUUCUUCCAUGGUCAUACCACAAUGCUGCAUCCAGACGCGCUUCGAUCGACAAUUCUGGACGCCUUCAAUAUAGAGGACGAUCUCAGCCCAGGGACUAAGCGGAAGAUCAUACUUACAGGCCAAGGCGUCGACGGCGAAAUUGCCACCUUUCGGGGAUUAUUGGGCAUCGCCAUGGAGGACUUGCCAAUUGAUGGGAUUAUUGACACACACGCUCUCUGCGGGGAGACCAUUGGCCAAGCGGGCAAACUGAAACAUAUACUAGCAACCCUCGGUGUGCCACACGAGAGUACACUGCUACACUGUGCAGGUAACGACGCGCACUUCACGCUGCAGGCUGUAGCUGCGUUGCUGGCCAUCAAGCUUCGAGAAGAAUUACCACCCAAACAGAAGGGUGUUAGCCAUACUCGAACACCAUGUGCCAGUGUCCCAGCGACUAGUGCGGAGAUGGAGAUGCAGCACGCAGGUCUCAGACGGACGAUGCCUCCUGCCCUUUACAUUGACUCAUCGCCGGCAACGAAUGCAGAGUUGCGGCGGCUGGAGGAUAUCGCGAAAAAGGUUGUACUUCGACCAGCACGGACGGCAAGAGAGGAGCAGGAGACUUGGGACAAUUAUCUUGAAGAAGGUGGUACUUUUAUGGCUCUAUGGGGGUGA